AAUCCGUUUAAAAUUGCCUCCAAUGAUUUCCCCAUUAGUGGCCCACCCAGAGCGAGUGUCACUCAGGCGGACCAUUAAAAAAUCAUCAAACAAGCAAUAUGAAAUAUUUUUGCAGUGGACGCCCUAAUUAUAAAGCGCCAGCGCCAGGUACGUGGCUAAGGACGAAAAGUAAAAACAUAUUUUCCAAAAUUAUAUAACCCAACAAAGGAAGAGACAAUAUUUUCCCUGACGUUGUCAGCGAAAACAAAUUCAUAAUGUUGUUUGUUUGCUUGGGAAGAGAGCGAAAGGACCUCGAAAGGACAAAGUGCGGCAAUAACAAUAACAACCGCAUCCCCUGCGAGUCCUGUCCUCUUCCUUUGUCACGAUCAAUUUGUAUCGUGUCGGCGCGUGUUGCCAUUUUGUCCUGUUUACCUUGCCACAGCCAACUAUCUGCUAUGUGUUUACCUGGUGUCCCCAGAAUGGGAAUCCUACCUGAGCGGGCAAAUGGCAGCCGUCUGCGGCUUGGCCGGCCGAUUAGCACUGAUCAGUGCGGCUUAAUCGUGGCUUCUUGACAGUUUCCACUACCAAGUCUAUUUAAAUAGGUUCAAUUGCUGUUUUUUUGUUUGUCCGGCUGUGGGAAAAACUUUUCACAGCCGCCGCAAAUGUGCAGCAAAUAUGUUUGAAAGAAUCAGUCGGGAAUUGCUGCAUCAAAUCCUUCUGACCAUAUUACCUAAUGGUGGUCUAAGUGUUUACUUAUUUAAUUCAACGUCUCAUGUGCCGGUGUUGACUCUACAAAUUGGAUAAGUAAGCUAUAUUUGGCUUGUACUUAUUUUGCGGUCGCUGCCAACCGCCAGUCAACCAACCACAACAACAGGGGCCACAACAACACCAAUCGAGCAACAGUUGAAACCGAAGCAAAAACAACAACAAUCCGGCAUGGCCUCUGCCUCGACCUGCCGCCCACCCCCUCCCGCUUUCUACGAGCGUUGUUGUUGCUGUUGUAGUGAGAGGCGUAGCUAAAAGCAGGGAACUCGCACUUAGGGGCAUUGGUGAGAGCGAGAGGCAGCGAGCAACCCCAGGCGAAGGCAAUUAGUGCGAGAAAGUCGGCAACAGCAGCAGGCGAGGCACAAACAAAGCCAUCGACGCAGCCAAGGAAGAGCGUAGCCAAAGAGAGGGCUCCCCAAAAGAGAGGGAGAGUGGGAGAGCGGGAGCAUUGGGCUUGUGUAUCCAGGCACUUUAAGCUGUGCACAGAAAAUAAAUAUGUUUAAAAUGUGUGAUUCACUGGAUCUUUUCAUCAACUUAAAAAUACCAAUAUAUUAAUUAACAGAGUUGGAAAAAUACAAAUUACUGUUAAUAUUAUUUUAGCAAGUUUAAUACUAUAUCAUGACCUUGGUAAGAUUGCUUUAUAUAUGAUCCUAAUUUUUAUUUGUGUACCCACAAUGAAUGUGAUUGCGAGUGGCGCUCGUGUAACGGCAUGUGGAGCAAAGCACUUAGCAAACACAACUGUAGUCAAUGGGGAGAGAGGAAGAGAGGCUGCUGGCUGAGAUUUGUUCUCGAUUUGGUUUUCUAAAAAACAAUUUUAAUGAGCUUUUUUGUUUCGAGCUGCGUUCCGUAUUAUGAAUUUCGAAGCGCAAGCCGCUCAAAUCAAAUCAGUUUGUUUGAAAAUCGCGCCGGACACGGACACGUACGUGGAUUGCGGCGGAGAGUCCGGACAAUCGAGUGGUGUGGAUCGCCGGAAUCAUGACCAAAACAACGAAGCCCAAGGAGAAGGCGGCUGGAGCUGUGGGAGCGGGAGUGGGGAUGGGGGCCAAGGCGGGCGGCGGGAGUCUGCUGACGAAUGCGGCGGACAGCAAGAUCCGUACGGCCAAGUCCAACAACAACAAGCGGCAGCCAGGACGAUCGGCGGCAACAACAACAGCAGCAGCAGCAGGAUCAAAUGCAGCAGCGAAAGAGACGGCAAUAGCGAUCGAAGCGGAGCCCACAGAGGCAGCGACGCCGACAGCGACGCCGACCGAGGCAGCGACGUCCGCCGCAGCGAAUUUAUCGACACUUGAGUCCGCGCGCUCGCAGGCUCACACUUCAGUUGUCAGCGAAACAGCAAGUCAAGCGGUAACCACAGCAAACGCGUCGGCAACAGCAACACCAACAGCAACAGCAACAGCAACAGCAACACAAAGCGACACACCAGCAACAACUGUAACGGCGAUCGAUGACGAUCGCAGUGCGAUAAAUAAUAAUAAUCAGCCGCAGAACGACGCGAGUGAAAGUGUUGAUAAUAAAAUCAAAGUGAUCAACUAUGCGCAUCAGGCAGAGGAUCAGCAACAGCAGCAGCAACCACAUCCUAACCAUCAUUUCUACGAGCAGCAACAGUUUAUUAGCCAGCAAUUGAUUACCCAGCAUCAGCAGGAGCAGCAUCUGCAACAGCAACCGCAACAGCAGUCCCAGCAGCAACACCUAGCACAGGCACAGGAGCAACAUCAGGCCGGUUGGCUGGCCUAUGACCUGACCAGCGGAUCCGCGGCAGCAGCAGCGGCUCAUCAUCUCUUUGGCCACUUUACCUAUCCGCCCACACAUCCGCCCGCCCAGCUCUACGAGCACUACGCCAGCACGGAUCCCAUAAUGCGGAACAACUUUGCGCUGUACAGCGUUUACGCCGGUGGCGGCGGCGGAGUGGGCAUGGCCAGCCACGAGCAUUUGGCAGCGGCGGCGGCAGCGGCAGCAGCAGCAGCCCAGGGCUCGACGCCCAACAUUGACGAGGUCAUCCAGGACACGCUGAAGGACGAGUGCUUCGAGGACGGGCACAGCAGCAACUAUCAUGUGCUGACUUCGGUUUCGGACCUGCAUCCCCUGAAGGAUGCCAGUCCAGUGUCUGGCCUCUACUCCCUGACCGCCGAGCAACUCCACCAACAGCAGCAGCUGCAUCACCAGCAACAGCAGCAGCAGCAACUUUACCACCAGCAGCAGCAGCAACAGCAGCAGCACCAUCACCACCACCACCACAACAACUCCACCAGUUCGGCGGGCGGUGAUUCGCCGUCGUCCUCCCACGCUUUGUCCAACCUGCAGAGCUUCACCCAGCUGACCAGCGCCCAACGUGACAGCCUCUCGCCGGAGAACGUUGGCUACUUUGGGGCCAACCAGCUCAGUCCCAGCUUGCAGAACAGCUCCGUUUAUGCUGGAUCUUUGCUCACCCAGGCUGCCAAUGGCAUUCAGUACAGCAUGCAUUCGCCCAACCAGACGCAGGCCCACCUCCAGCAGCAGCACCAGCAGCAGCUGCAGCAGCUGCAGCAGCAGCAGCAACAUCAGCAGCAGCAGCAACAUCACCACCACCACCAGCAUCACCACAACUCGAGCAGCAGCAGUCCGGGUCCAGUGGGUCUGCAUCAUGCGAGUUCCUCGGCGGCCACAGCGGCAGCGGUGGCUGCAGCCACGGCGGCGGUCAAUGGACACAACAGCUCGCUGGAGGACGGCUAUGGGUCGCCAAGGAGCAGCCAUAGUGGCGGCGGGGGCAGCGUGGGGGGCGGUGGCACCUUGCCAGCCUUCCAGCGGAUCGCAUCCGCCAGCAGCGGCUACGUCAGCGGCGUGGCCAAUGGCUCGGUCAGUGGCGCCGAACGUUACGCUUCGAUAGCCAAUUACCGUUCUCAGAACGAAGGCUGGUUCGACCCAAUGAGUUACACCUCCGCGUCAUCCGGCCAGGCGCAGUUGGGCGUCGGCGUUGGAGUUGGAGCCGGAGUGGUCACCAAUGUGAUACGGAACGGAAGGGCCAUUUCGGCGGCCAAUGCAGCAGCCGCAGCGGCAGUCGAUGGAACCACGGGUCGCGUAGAUUCGGGUUCCUUUCUGUCCGCCUCGGCAUCGUUGUCAGCAAUGGCCGCUGAAUCAGGCGGGGAUUUCUAUAAGGCCAACUCAUUUAAUGUGGGCGGCGGUGGCCGUAGUAAGGCCAACACUAGUGGUGCCGCCAGCUCGCAGGCCUACGGCUCCUGUCCAGGCUCGAAUGCAACCUCGGCGACUUCGGCGGUGGCGUCGGGAACGGCGGCAACUGCAACGACGACGCUCGACGAGCACGUUAGUCGCGCCAAUUCGAGACGCUUGAGUGCCUCGAAGAGAGCCGGAUUGUCCUGCUCCAACUGCGGAACCACCUACACAUCGCUGUGGCGACGCAAUCCUGCCGGAGAGCCCGUCUGCAAUGCCUGCGGACUGUACUAUAAGCUUCACAGCGUAUCCCGCCCGCUGACCAUGAAAAAGGACACCAUACAGAAACGCAAGCGCAAGCCGAAGGGCACCAAGAGCGAAAAGUCGAAGAAGCUGAAGACCGCCUUAAACGCCACCUUGGAGAGCGGCUCCUUGGCGGCCAGUUGCCACAAUGUGGGCCUGGGCCUGGACAGCACCCAGAUGGGAGUGGACGUCAAUGAAGAUAUGAAACCACAGCUCGACAUGAAACCAUACACCUCAUACUCAUCGCAGCCACAGCAGCAGCAACAUCCGCAGUACCAACAGCAGCAGCAGCAGCCGCAGCAGUUGCUAAUGGCUGAUCAGCACUCAUCGGCGGCCAGCUCGCCACAUAGCAUGGGUUCCUCCUCAUUGUCGCCAUCAGCCACUUCACAUCAGCAUCAGCAUCAGCAUCAGCCACAUCAACAUCAGCAACAGCAGCAGCAGCAACUCUGCUCCGGGCUGGACAUGUCGCCAGGCUCUAACUACCAAAUGUCACCCAUCAACAUGCAGCAGCAACAGCAGCAAUCAUGCAGCAUGCAGCAACACUCACCCAGCACGCCCACAACCAUCUACAACACCCCAUCGCCCACUCACCAGCUUCACAAUAAUAAUAAUAACAACAACAACAACAAUAGUUCGCUCUUCAACAACAACAACAACAACAACAACAAUAGUAGCAAUGAGAAUAACACCAAACUAAUACAGAAAUAUCUGCAAGCUCAGCAACAGAACAGCGGCUCCAGCAGCGACCAAUUGCUGGCCCACCUGCUGCCGAACUCGAUUACGGCAGCGGCAGCAGCAGCGGCGGCGGCAGCAGCGGCAGUGAUCAAGACGGAGGCCAUGUCGCUCACCACCUCCCAGGCCAACUGCUCCACACCGUCGGCGGGGGCGGGACUGGGGCUCACCUCAACACCGACCACGGCAUCGAGCACAUUGUCCUCGCUGAGCCACAGCCACAUUAUUAAUCUGCAGAAUCCCUACCAUCAGCUGCAGCAAUUGGGGCAGACGACGGGCAUGACGCUGUGCAAGACGACGCGAGCCUCACCGCCCUACUACCUUACGCCGGAGGAGGAUGAGCAGCCGGCCCUGAUCAAGAUGGAGCAGAUGGAUCAGCAGCAGCAGCAACAAUCGACCUCGCUGGACGAGCACUACGAACUGGCCGCCUUCCAAAGACAACAGCAGCAGCAGCAGCAGCAGCAGCAGCAACAGCAGCAACAGCAGCAACAGCAUCUUCAGCAGCAACAGCAGCAGGCAGUCGCGCUUUUGGGCCAACACGAUCAGCAUGUGGCCAACUAUGCCAUGCACAAGUUCGGCGUGGAGCGGGAAGCGCUGGUGAAGAUGGAGUAGGCGGUACACGCCCAGCAUUCGGCUGCCACCGUCGGCAAUAUGACCAAAGAUUCUGUUGUUACAUAAAUCUCAUAGCUCCAAAGAAUUUAUAGCCCUUAGUCGCCUGUAUACCAAGAGCCGUUCUCAAAGAACCCUCGCCUAUCUAAACUCUAUCACAUCAUUAGUUGUACAUACGGUUUAAGCCAGUCGAUUGACAUUUCCAUUUUUGGCAUUCGAAUUCGGAUGGCCUACUACUCGAAAUUUGUUAUUAAAUAUUAAAUACUAGUUUAAUUCUUAGCAAAAUGCAAAAAGCAUAAAAUCAAUUCAGAUCCUAAGUUAAUAUCUUCGCUUAAAUUUGUUAUCGAAUCGAAUACCUUUUGAGAUUUAUUACAAUCAAAUUCCACUUAGAUAUUAGCCACUAAUUUAAGUUUAGCCAGCAAACAAUGACAAAAACGAAAAAAAGAAAGCGAAAAACAAAAACAGUCGAAGUAACCAACAAUCUCAUGCAAUUUAGUUAGUAAUUAAUAUAUUUUUUAUACCAUUAUCGAUAAAUAUUUAAACCAAUUUAAGUUUUAGUCUCGUACAACUUUUCACAUCAUCUUUGCAAUAUUAAUUUUAUUUCUUUUGAGCGAAUAAACGACAAUUGUCACUGAAAUGCCUCAAAAA